UAUCGAAAGCCAUCUGCAUCCGACCGCAUUCUCUUUGUUCACCAACUUCAUCAUCCCCUGGAUCCGUGCUCACUGACUAGCUUGGAAUUUUUGACCCUUCACGCAGCUCUGAUGGCACGUCUGGUCACCUCGAAUCUUCGUCCCAACUAGAUCUAUCGACUCGAUUCACGCAUCAUGGGCGGACCACGAGGUGAAGACGUCCCACUCCCCUUCACAUCCUCCAGAGCUCUCCCCACCCGACAACCAACCCGUGCUCAGGGAUCUUUGAAACGAGGCAAGACCUUGACGAGACCCGAACGACAUGUAGUCCCUGCUCCAUUGAUCGCGCCUCCUAUCAUAGGUGCCGGAGGUACUUCAAGUGAGCCAGUCACAGGAAGGAAAGCAUGGGAUUGGUGGGUCAUCUGGUCCUAUGCGACCACUUGGUGGGCUCCUCCUGCCGUUCUCAAAUUGUUUGGCAUCAAGGAGAAGCAGAGCAGACAAGCGUGGAGGGAGAAGAUCACACUCUGUUGGAUCGCUCUAUUAUUGGGUGCGGUUGUCGGGUUCGCGACGAUGGGGCUGCAAAGAGCAUUAUGUCCUGGAGGUGAUAGGACGAAUACUAUAUACCAACGGCUAGGCCGUGACGACAUGACCGUUAGUAUUGAAGGCUGGGUAUUCAACAUUUCCAGCUCUUUGACCACACCCGACGUUGAUUUCUACAAGAUCUCCAAAGCUUUACCUGGGCAAGACGUCACCAACUUGUUCAUUCGCAACAUGUCCAGCUACCCAGCGUGCAAUUCGGAUCACCGAUUCGCCACGACCCCGCUGUGCGCCUCAUCGGCCGAUCCCAAAGUCAAGGAGACUGGUACCCUGGAGCCAUGUCCCUUGCCCGUCCUUUCUGACGCCACAUUCAACUCGCUCAAGAUCCAAAACACCAGUCUACAAGAGGGUUAUUCAUGGGAUCAAGUCGCGGCCCUUGAGACGUAUCUUGUCGUCGAUGGACUGGUCCUCAAUAUGCAGCCAUACCUCUCCGCAAAUCCGGCCCCAAUCGCCGGCGACGACGUGGACUUUGCUAUCCGGCAAGUGAUCUACAACCAAUCGACUUCGGGCAAGGAUAUCACUCGCCUGCUUUACAACACCAAGGCAACACAAGAUGCAGUCCAGUGCUUACAAUCACGAUACUUGGCAGGCUACAUUGACAAGAUUACGCCAGGCUGCUUUGUCGCCGAUCUCUUUCUGUAUACCUCCUUGAUCGUCAUUCUCGGUGUCGUCGUUGUCCGAUUCAUCAUGGCCUGCAUCUUCAACUGGUUCCUCUCGGCUCGCCUCGUCAAGGCACCCGAGCACCUCUCCCGUGCAGGCAUAUCGCCCGCCGUGAUGCCGGAGGGAGCCAACAUGUCGGUUCACAACAAGACCGGAACUGCGCCGUGGGCUUCCGAGCCAAAAACUCGUGCCGAUGUCAAGCGUGAACCGAUGAUGAAUUUGGCGAGGAUUGGUGCGGAGCUGUUCACCAUUUGCAUGGUGACGUGUUACUCGGAGGGCGAAGCAUCAGUCCGAGGGACUGUCGAAUCGAUCGCUUCGACAAACUACUCGGAUUCUCGAAAGCUCAUCUGGAUCGUGUGUGAUGGCAUGAUCACAGGAGCUGGGGAGAAGAUGAGCACGCCCGAUAUUUGUGUCAGCAUGCUUGACGCUGAUCCGCGGUUUGGAAAUCCCAUGCCGAUGGGAUACAUUGCUGUUGGCAGUGGAGCCAAGCGAGAGAACCGAGCCAUGGUCUACGCGGGGCAUUACAAUUCCAAGAAUGGACAUCGAACACCCACCAUCGUUGUCGUCAAAUGCGGAAUGCCUGGCGAGGCGAAAGACAAGCCUGGAAACAGAGGCAAGCGAGAUUCACAAUUGAUUGUGAUGAAUUUUUUGUCCCGAGUAACGUACAACGACCGGAUGUCGCCCUUGGAUUUCGACCUGUUCAGAAAGAUUCAGACUUUGACCGGUGUGACCCCGGACUACUUUGAAACGAUUCUGAUGGUCGAUGCCGAUACUAAAAUCUAUCCCGACUCCCUCAAGGCUUUCGUCAAUUGCCUCCAUACGGACAAUAUGAUCAUGGGUGUAUGUGGGGAGACGCGGAUAGCCAACAAGAGACAAUCCUGGGUCACGGCGAUCCAAGUGUACGAAUAUUUUAUCUCUCAUCAUCUGGUCAAGGCGUUCGAGUCCGUGUUUGGCGGUGUCACUUGUUUGCCUGGAUGUUUCUCCAUGUACCGGAUUAAAGCUCGAAAGGAUGCCGACAAUGACUGGGUUCCCAUUCUCGUCAAGCCAGAGAUCGUCCGCGAGUACUCCCAAAACGUGGUCUCGACUUUGCACCAGAAGAAUCUGUUGCUGCUUGGAGAGGAUCGUUUCCUCACGACCAUCCUUCUUCGCACCUUUCCACGACGCAAGAAUAUCUUUUUGCCUCAAGCUCGAUGCAGGACGAUCGCACCAGAUACCUUUUCUGUGCUGUUAUCACAACGCCGUCGUUGGAUCAACUCGACCAUUCACAAUCUCAUGGAACUGGUCCGAGUCCGUGAUCUCUGUGGCACUUUUUGCUUCUCAAUGCAGUUUGUGGUCUUCAUGGACCUGAUUGGCACCGUCGUCUUGCCGGUCGCCAUUUGCUUAACAUUCGCCCUCAUCAUUCGAUCGGCCCUCAGUCCACCUCAAAACUUCCAAGAGGCUAUUCCCUUGAUGCUUCUCGGGGCUGUCAUCGGGCUUCCGGCCAUUCUGAUCUUGAUCACGACCCGGAAAGUCGUCUACAUUGCCUGGAUGGCAGUCUACCUCGUGGCUCUUCCGGUAUGGAAUUUCGUCCUCCCGGUGUACGCCUUUUGGCAUUUUGAUGACUUUUCAUGGGGAGAGACAAGACGUGUCGAGGGAGAGAUCCGGUCCAAGGCGCACGACGAUAAGACUGCCGUGUUUGAUGGUACCACUAUCCCGUUGAGGCGAUGGGAAGAUUGGGAGAGAUCUCGGUUACGAAAGCUACGACGGGAGGAGAAGAGGCGGCGAGAUCUAGAGCGGCAGUAUGGCAGUGGAUUUCACGGAGACGAACUGGCUCCUGCUCCCAGCCCAUGGGCUCGAAGCGAGUAUGAGAGUGACGCGAACAGUGUCUUUAGCUCAGAGGAGGAUGUGUGGGGGUCAGAGAUCGGAGGGUACAACGAAAACAACCCUGCCUUCCCGCCUCCUCCUAUCGCGCUUCCGCCUGUGAGCUUUCAGGACAGCUCAGCGACCCUUGGCCAAGAUGAGAUGGCUGCAAUCCUCGAUUCAGGUUUCGACGACGUUCCGCCGCAGAUGCCACUCCGGAAUGGCUACGCUCCAGCUCUAAACCCCGCACAAGGGUACAAUUCGAGAUUCUCCCCUCACUCGCGUGGCAGCCCUUUCGGACAGCACUAUGAAAAGGGCCAAUACAGUUCAUUCGAUCCUCCUUCUCUCCCUCGCGUUCCUCAUUCCGCCUCUAGCAUUUCGUCUUCUGUCGAUAGUCGGUCAGGAGCUUCAGGACACGCCAAGAAGAGGAGUGGAGGUGCGGGUCCUGAUCGCUAUGGACCUUUAGGGCCUCUAGCGGAUGAUGAUACAGGUUGGGGCUCACCCCAGGGCGGGUACAAGGGGAGAAGGUAUGAUUGAAAGGCUUCUCAUUUGAUAUUGUCAUUGUGUGCACAUGCAGCACUGUAUCUGGUCGUGUGUGUGAUGUGACGCAGACUUGAGGAUUACUCCCUGGGUUCGUGCUCGGGCUUUG